AUGUCAGAUCUAGCAGCUGCUUUAGAGCCUUAUGUCUUACUUGCCAAACCUGCCAAUGGGCUUGCUGCCAUGAAGAUUGUUGAACAAGCUACCUCCGCUCCCGGUGUAUAUGUAUUCUCGGAAUUAUUGGAAUUACCAAAUAUACAAGCUCUCAAGCAAGAUCCAUCCUCUGUCAAAGCGGUCAACUUGCUAGAGUUAUUCGCCUACGGAACUCUGCAAGAAUAUACUUCUUCACCACAGUCAUAUACAUCUCUCUCCCCUGCACAUACGACCAAACUCCGUCAUCUCACACUCGUCAGCCUCGCCAGUCAACGGAGGAUAUUACCCUACGCCGAUAUACUUCAAGCACUUCAACUUGACUCCGAAAACGAGUUAGAAGAUCUUAUCAUUGACGUCAUCUACGCUGGACUACUACGAGGGAGGAUACAUCAUUAUGAGAAAAUAUUACAUAUCGAUUGGGUCGCAGGGAGAGAUAUAAGACCUGAGGAUUUGUUGGUCAUGCAACGGAGUGUGCAAAAUUGGUGCACAACAGCUGAAAACCUCCUUCGAGCUCUAGACACUCAGAUCGCCUAUACUCAAGAAACUACCGCCCAACAAGCUCAUCACACUACCUUAUACAACAGUCAUCGUGACCAGAUCUACACCGAAGUCGCU